AUGACCUCCUUAAGGUUCUUGAAUGAUCCAACUAUGACUAAAUCCGUUUUCAGCACAUUUUCCUCAGCAUUCUUCAAACUUGACUCCUUUGUGACUCUAACUCUGACCUUGCUUGGAAUCUUCUUGGUCCCGCGUGAAUGUAUGAAAUUAUUGAGUUCACUAGUUAUAGCAACACCUAUCUUUUCUUUAAAAUGCUUCUGUAUCUCCCUUUUCAACAUCUUAACAGCCUUGUCCGCCUUCUUUGUCCAAGGGAGGCGAGAGCAUAUUCUCCUCAGAUUUACGGUCAUCUCCACUGUCUGGUUCUCUUCAAUUCUAGACCACAUCAGGGUAAAUUUUUUAUCUGGAAAUAUUUCUCUUUUUAAGAAGUGUUGUGAAGGUCAGCACAGGCCUUAUGUUAUGGGGCUAUGGUAUAUACAUUGGAUACGUACGUACUUCUGUCUACAUUCAAAGAUGUAUAAUUUCAUGAAAAAUUUACCCUAUAUGAACAAGGAGAUUUCUACAGCGGAUAUCUUGUCAGGUGGUGAGAGCUAUAGUGGAAUAUCAGCAGUAGAGAAAAAUGCAAAGGCAAUGAUGAAAGUGUAUAACUCAAUAAAGACAAGCUUUGGGCCUCUGGGGCUGGACAAGAUGUGCGUUGAUUCAGCCGGGGAAGUUAGUAUUACGAAUGAUGGAGCAACCAUUCUUCAGAAUAUGGUAGUAGAUGAUCCAGCAGCUAAGAUUCUUGUGGAUUUAGCCACACAACAAGAUCAUGAGGUUGGAGAUGGGACCACGUCUGUUGUUUUGAUAGCUGCAAGCUUGAUUGAAAAAGGAGCAAGGCUUAUAGCGUCUGGGGUCCAUCCCUCAGUGGUUGUUUCUGGAUACAAGAUGGCUUUCAAUGAAUGUGUGCAAUUCAUUAAGAAAAGCAUGUCCAAGAAUGCCUUGAAUCUAGGGCCUAAAGCACUAAAGAAUGUUGUAAAAACAAGCAUAUCAAGCAAGGUCAUCAACUCGGAGAAUGAACCGUUUUGUGGAAUUGUUAUUGAUGCACUGAAGUGCAUUGAAUCGAUUAGGGAAAACAAAAAGAAUGUGUAUCCAAUAGAAGAUAUCAAUAUCCUCAAGCACCCAGGGGGUUCUAUAAAGGAAUCUUUUUUGUAUCAGGGAUAUGCCUUGAACUGCUCUUUGGCCUCUAGCUUUAUGAAAAAGCAAAUCAAAAAACCUAAAAUCCUCUGUAUCGACUUUGGACUUCAGAAGUAUAAGAAUCCAUUGACUGUAAACAUAGUUGUAGAUGAUCCCAACAAGCUAGAAGAUAUCAGAAAAAAAGAAUUAGAAAUAACAAAAAAGCAGGUCAAGGCGAUUAUCGACUCUGGGGCUGAUGUGGUUCUUACAACGAGAGGGAUCGAUGACAUGUGCACUAAGAUUUUGGCGGAGGCCGGGAUUGCUGGAAUUCGAAGAUGUAAGAAAGAAGAUCUUGUUGUUAUUGCCAAGGCUACGGGAACGAGCCUAAUAAACUCGAUUUCAGACCUCAAUGGAGGAGAUAGUAUUACAACCCUAGGGUCUGCAGAUAAGUUUGAAGUGGUACUAAUUGGGGAGGAAGAAUGCAUAUUCAUUAACGGGCUUAAAAGAAAGAUGGCGUCUAUAAUCCUGAGAGGGGCGAACAGCCAACUUCUUGAUGAAAUGCAAAGAUCGGUUCAUGAUGCUAUUUGUGUUUUGAAGCGCACACUUGAGUCCAACCACGUUGUUCCUGGAGGGGGGUCUGUUGAAUGUGCACUGUCUCUAAUGCUAGAGAAGUUUGCAUUUACCGUCAAUUCUAAGGAACAUGUCGCUAUCCAUCGCUAUGCAGAAUCGCUCUUGUCGAUUCCAAAGAUCCUGGCUACAAACGCUGGACUGGACUCCAAUGAGAUUGUGGCAAGUCUAAUGUCUUCUCAGAGCAAAGAGGCAUCAAGCUCUUCAAGCCAAAGGUUUCUGGGUAUUGAUGUAAUGACUGGAAAGAUUCAGGACAAUUUUGAAUUCGGAAUAAUUGAGCCUAGUAUGAAUAAAAUGAAGUCAUUAAAAGCUGCAACAGAAGCAGCGAUAAGUAUUCUGAGGAUAAAUGAGGUGAUCAUUUUACCGCCAGACCAAUCCAAAAAUUAA